AUGGCGGAGGAAGGAGCAGUCACGGUCUGCGUGCGGGUUCGGCCGCUUAUCAGCAGAGAACAAGAUCUUGGAGAUGCUGCACAGCUUCACUGGAAGACUGAAAAUAGACUCAUUUCUCAAAUUGAUGGAACAAGAUCCUUUAGUUUUGAUCGUGUAUUUCAUUCUAAUGAAACCACGGAAAAGGUAUUUGAAGAAAUAGCAGUGCCAAUUAUUCGUUCUGCCAUACAAGGUUACAAUGGUACAAUAUUUGCAUAUGGACAGACUGCUUCAGGAAAAACCUAUACAAUGAUGGGUUCAGCAGAUGGUUUGGGUGUAAUACCUAAAGCAAUUCAUGAUAUUUUCCAAAAGAUUCAGGAGAUUCCUGAAAGAGAAUUUCUAUUACGUGUAUCCUAUAUGGAAAUUUACAAUGAAACCAUAACAGAUUUACUCUGUGACACCAGGAAAAUGAAACCUUUAGAAAUUCGGGAAGAUUUCAAUAGAAAUGUGUAUGUAGCUGAUCUCACAGAAGAGGUUGUCUCCACACCAGAACUGGCUCUGCAGUGGAUCAAAAAAGGAGAGCGAAACAGGCACUACGGGAAAACAAAAAUGAAUCAGAGAAGUAGUCGUUCCCAUACGAUUUUCAGAAUGAUAUUGGAAAGUCGAGAAAAAGGUGACCCUUCUAACUGUGAUGGAGCUGUCAUGGUAUCUCAUUUGAAUCUUGUUGAUCUCGCAGGCAGUGAAAGAGCCAGUCAAACCGGAGCUGAAGGAGUUCGACUCAAAGAAGGCUGCAAUAUUAAUAGGAGCUUGUUUAUAUUGGGACAAGUGAUCAAGAAACUUAGUGAUGGACAACCUGGAGGUUUCAUAAACUAUCGAGAUAGCAAACUGACUCGAAUUCUCCAAAAUUCUUUGGGAGGAAAUGCAAAAACACUUAUUAUCUGCACUAUUACUCCAGUCUCUCUUGAUGAAACACUUAGUACACUUCAAUUUGCCAGCACGGCUAAAUAUAUGAAAAAUACGCCUCAUGUUAAUGAGGUAUUGGAUGAUGAAGCCCUCUUGAAAAGAUAUCGGAAGGAAAUAAUAGAUUUGAAAAAACAACUGGAGGAGGUUUCUUCAGAAACUCGUGUCCAGGCAAUGGAGAAAGAUCAAUUGGCUCAGCUUUUAGAAGAAAAAGACUUGCUUCAAAAAGUACAGAAUGACAAAAUUCAGAAUUUAACACAGAUGUUGGUGACCUCCUCCUCUAUCACAAUACAGCAGGAUCUGAAGGCCAAAAGAAAACGAAGAGUUACUUGGUGCCCUGGAAAAAUGAACAAAAUGAAAGACAUUGGCUACAUGGAUGACUUUGAUAUAGCAAAGGCCUUUGUAGCCAAAUCAGUCAAGCCUUCUCUACCUAUCAUAGCAGACACUGAUGAAUCUCUAUGUUCAGAGUUUGAUAUUUUCAGCAAUACUCUUGAAACAACAUCUGAGAUAGAGUGGAAUCCAGCAACAAAGCUAAAUCAGGAGAAUGUACAGAGUGAGUUGAAUUCCCUGCGUGCUAACUUCGACAAUCUGAUAUUAGAUUAUGAACAACUCCAAAGAAAAAAUGCAGAAAUAGAACAGAAGUUAAAUGAAAAGCUCGAGUUAGAGGAAUUUGUGACUCUGGAAAUGCAAAGCAUAAAGGAGCAGGAGGUAAAGAAUCAUGAAAUAUUAGCUAUAAUGAAACAUGAAGAUAAUGAACAGAAUACAAAAUCACAGUUGCUGAAAGAAAAGGAAGAACAAAUCAAGGAGAAAUUUUUAGAAUUACAGCUGAUGGAAAAGACAAUGGGAAAUGGUGAGAAAAUAUAUGAAGAACUAAAGCAUUUAAGACAGUCUCUCUGUGAUACUGAAACCAUAGCCCUGGAUGCCCAGAAAGAAACAGCAUUUCUUAAAUGUGAGAACCUAGAGCUGAAAGAAAAAACGAAAGAACUUUCAAGUCGAUGCAAGCAACUGGAAAAGGAUAAUCAUGUGUACCAAAGUCAGUUGCAGGAGAGAAGAGACAGUUCCCAGAGAAGGCAAGCUGAUCUAGAGAGAGAAUUACAGUCUGCUUUUAGUGAAAUCACAAAGCUGACUUCCAUUAUUGAGGGCAAAUAUCCAAAAGAUGUGCUUCUUACUGUGGAAUUGGAAAGAAAAGUUAAAGAUCUCCAAAAAGACCUGGAUAAAGCAAUCAAAGAAAAUGCAACUCUGCAAAAAGAAAUUAAUACACUAUCUGAAUUGAAGUCUUUACCUACUGAGCUAGAAAUACUGAAGAAAGAGAGACUUGAAAAAUCUGAAGAGCUGGAUUUGAUAAUAGCAGAAAAGGAUAAAUUUAGGGCUGAAGUCAUUUACAAGGACAACAGGCUCCAAGAACUACUUGAUGAAAUUGAGAAAAGCAAAGACGAGCUAGCGGCAGCCCAGGCAACUCAUCAGACCACCACUCAGGAGUACCAGGAUUUCAAGCGAUACCAUGGAGAGUUUGAGCAAAAUUAUUUUACUGUGCUUGAAGAGAUUGAGAAAAUGAAGCAGCAAAUUAUAACUCUGUCCGGAGAAGCUCAUGAAGUUGCUUUAGAUUUCAAUGAUUUGGUUAGAGAGCCAACCAAAGAGCCUCCUCCAAAAGUCCAAGAAAAGACCACUGAAGGAGAGAAAUUCCUUGAGGUGAGAGAAAAACUUUGUAAGGCUCAGCAGAAGUUGGAAGAGCGACUAAGUGGCGGGAGAUCCAGGCCUACAGAAGAGGAGAGGCAGUUUCUUCCCAAGCAUCUCCAUGGAAGCUCCAGGACGGGUGAAAAAGAUGCCCCUGAACAGUUCCCAGAGCUGCCCUUCCAGUCAGAGGAGGAGCAGCCCAGGCAGGAGCUGCACGCUGCCAGCCACUCAAGCAUGGGCACCCAGGAGGAACUGAUGAAUUAUUUUGAAUCCCACAAAUGUCAGGAAACUGUGGACUCCUCCAGCAUGCCCACAGAAUCAGGUGUGAAGGCAAUUCAAAAAGAAGCACUUGAUGAAUUGCAAGGAAAGGCCGUGAAGCUAAACGAAGGACAAAAUUUGGAGUCUUCAAGAAACAUAGCGCCUCUCCCAGACUAUGAAAAGGACGAUGAAUUACUUCAGCAACAAAGAAAGAUUUCCUCCUUAAUACAGGAAAAAAAUCAACUGCAGCAAAUGCUAGAGUGUGUCACAGCUGAAAAGAAUCAAUUGAAAACUGAUCUCGAGGAAAAUAUCGGAAUGAGUAUUGAAAAUCAAGAAGAAUUAAGAAAUAUUGGAGCAGCACUUAAAAAGCAACAAGAGGCAGUCCUCAAAGAAAGGAGGAAGACUGCCGACAAAGAAGGAGAACUUUUGAGGACUCAGGAGAGACUGGCAGACACUGAGGAGAAACUCAAUAUGAAGAUCCAAGAACUUCAAGAAAAAGAAGACCAGAUGUUGAAUGUUAGAAAAGAAGUCAUUGAGGCUCGAGAGAAAGUGAAUGAGAUGGAGCAAAUAAGGAACCAAUUAAAAUCCAAAAAUUCUACUCUGGAGAGGGUAGAAAUAGAGAACCUGGAGCUGGCUCAGAAACUCCAGGCUAGUCUAGAACAAACAUCAUCAAUAACCAAAGAAAUAAAUGAGUUCAAGAAGACACAGGUGGCUCUCCAAUUAGAGAGAGAUCAACUAAAAGAAAAUAUCAAAGAAGUUGUAACUAAGGCCCUGGAAACACAAGAAGAACUAAAAGUUGCUCAGACCUGUCUGAAGGAACACCAAGAGACAAUUGAUAAACUGAAAGAAAGAAUUUCAGAGAAGAUGGCUCAAGGGAUAAAUGAUCCAAAAGCUUUAGAGAAAAUUAAUGCUGAACUAAUGCAAAAGAUUCAAGAACAUCCGGCAAAACAAGAACAUAUAUUUAAUGUCAGAGAGGAAGACAGUGAAACUCAAGAAAAAAUAAAGGAAAUGGAACAAUUAAAGGAGCAAUUAAUAUCCAAAGAGUCUGCCCUGGAGAGAAUCAAUUUGGAAAACCUGGAGUUGGCUCAGAAACUCCAAGCCAGUCUUGAAGAAACCACAUCUGUGACUGAGGAGAGAGAUGAACUGACAAAGACACUGAUGACUCUCCAGGAGGAGAGCCAUCAACUGAAACAAAACAUAAGAGAACUUGAAGCCAAGGGUCUGGAAACACAAGAAGAACUCAGAAUUGCUCAGAUGGGUCUGAAGGAGCACCAAGAGACAAUUGACAGAUUAAAAGAAUGUGUUUCAGAGGGAGCCGCUCAAGUGUCAAAGAAUCAAGAAGCUUUUGAGAAAACUAAAGCUGAGCUACAGAAAAGGAUUCAAGAGCUUCAGGAGAAAAAAGAGCAAGUUUUUAAUGUCAGAGAAGAAGGCAAUAAAGUGGAGGAAAAAGUGAUUGAGGUGGAACAGUUAAAGAAGCAACUGAAAACCAAAGAAUCUUCUCUGGAGAGGAUAGAAAUGGAAAACCUGGAAUUGGCUCAGAAACUCCAAGCCAGUCUUGAAGAAACCACCUCUGUAGCUAAGGAGAGAAAUGAACUGGCAAAGGCACAGGAGGCUUUUCACAUAGAGAUGGACCAGCUGAAAGAAACCAUAAGGGACCUCAGAGCUAAGGGUCAAGGAACCCAAGAAGAGCUCAGAUUUGCUGAUAUGUGUCUAAAGGGGCACCAAGAAACAAUUGAUAAACUGAAAGAAUGCAUUUCAGAGAAGACAGCUCAAGUAUCAAAGAGCCAAGAAAUUUUAGAGAAAACCACUGCUGAACUACAGGAAAAGAUCCAAAAGCUUCAAGAAACAGAAGAGAUGCUUCUUAAUAUACAGAGAGACGUGAACAAGACUAGGCCACAAAGACAGUCACUCUGUCAGUUGGAGGACCAGUUAAAGAACAUGAGUAACACAUUGUCCAUGGCUGAGACAGAGAAACUGAACCUGACUCAGAAACUGGCUUCAUGUCUUAGUGAAAUGAAUGCUCUCUGCAAGGAGAGAGAUGACCUGAAGGAAACCAAGAAGGCUCUCCAAACAGAAAUAAGUAACCUAAAAGGAAAUCUAAAGCAGAUUGGAAUGGCGAACCAACAGAAACCAAAAGAACUGGUAAAAAUGGAAGCAAACUCAAGAAAGGACAUCAAGCAACACCCUAUUGAAAGUCUUAAAGAAAAAUGCUCAAAGAUAAAUGAACUUCAGAAGAAAUAUACUAUGAUGGAAAGUCGCUUUGGGUUCCUGAGCAAACUCUCUGUUGACUUGAAAAAGGCAUUUGAAAACCAAAAUGAGCUCCAGGUCAAAGUUCGAGCAUCCCUUUAUCAUACACCUCAGUUAACUAAAGCUGUUGAAAAAAUUUUAGCCAGCAGCCGGCGCUGUAAUAAUGAUCUCCACUCCAGCAGCAUAUGCGUACUAAAGAAACUCGAGGGUGUGUUAAAGCGUGUUGUAGGCAUAAGGAAGGAGCAUCACAGUGCUAUCAACAAACUUGAAAUGGAUUUGAUUAGGGAGGCAGAAAGGCAGAAUGAACUACUUGUUAAAACACAGCAUCUUCACCAACAUUCUCAAGGAGGACCCCCAGAAUUAAGUGGAUAUAAAUUGAGCCAAAAGAUGGAUCUACACAUGGAGCAAAUUCUCAAGGAUGUUUCAGAAACACAAAAUGAUGUCCACAACAUGAUAGCUGAAUUCCAACAAUUGUUAAAUGCUAAGAAAGAAAUUAUCUUGUUCCUGGAUGUGUGCUUAAAUACACAUUUUGAUGUGGAAUGCCUUAAAAAAGUAAUACAGGAGGAGAAUGACAAGAUUGUUAAUGUGAAUAACUCGUACUAUAAUAAAAUAAAGGCUAUUAUAAAUGGAUCCUCUGAGUUUGAGGACAAAAGUGUUGUUGAAUAUAAAGAGUGGGAAUGUGAACUGAGACAAAUGAAGGAGGAGAACAAAGAACUCAUAAAGAAGUUACAAACUACACAGACACCCCCUACAGCUCUGGAUGAUUUGGAUGCUCUUAGUGGAGGAGGAGAAAAGAAGCAUGGCCUUACAAUGAAGCACACAGGACGAACCACAAUGGAAAUUCAAGAAAGUGUAUUUUGUGAAGACAAAGAAAACAAUCAUGAGCAAGAGGAAAUUGAUCCAAUGCAGAAAAAUCUGGAAGGGACUAAAGUUAUGAGGAACAAACACCUUCAAAGUCAACAAACAUUAGCACAAAGUCCUCAAGAUGCCAAAGCAACUUUAGGUGCUGUGUCCAAUAAAGAAAUUGAUGAUCUCAAGAUGAAGUUGGUCAAAUUGAACAUGGAAAAGAUGAAUGAGUCCAAGAAGUUUGAAAAAGAAAUUGCUUCUAAAACUGCCAUCAUAGAAUAUAACGAGGAGCUUAUAUGCCAGCUGAAGGAGAGGCUUAGAAGAGCUCAGCAAUGCAGCGACACCUCCAUGUCAGAAGCACUUGCUCCUGCUUCAGUCUCGCACACGCCACUGACCUGUGGAGGCGGCAGCGGCAUUGUCCAGAGCACAAAAGCCCUGAUUUUAAAGGCAGAUCGCGUGAGGCUUGAGAGAGAGAUCUUGAAGUUAAAGCAGCAGAAUGAAUAUCUGACUAACCAUCAAAGUCAGCUGUCCAGCAACAAUUUUCAUCUUGUCAGAGAAGUCAAAAAAUGGAAGGAGAGAGCCCUUAAAAAGGAAGCCCAAGAAGUUCCUUGUGUGCAUUCUCCAAAAUCUCCCAGACUGGCUGAAGUUACCCCACUUAAGAGACAGUGCAUGUCACCUCUGUAUAAAGAGCAGGUUUCACAGGAAACCAAGCCCAAGGAUUCACCAAAACCUUGGGCAUUCGAUGGGCGGUCCAAGUCUCUACCAGUCACUUGUCUUAAUAAUUACUUUGAUAACUCUGGCCUAGGCCUACUCCCAGAAGUAGCUUUCAAUUCUGCAAAUGAUCCAACAAAAGGAAUCCCUCGUCCCUUCCCUGCCUGCGGCUGCACCCUAAACACCCAGCAGAGGCCCUCGGCCCCUCGUGCCCAUCACACCCUUCCCUCGGACAUCCCGCUGACUAAGACCGCUUGGUCUCCACUGUGA